AUGGCGGAAGAGGAGAGCCAAUUUGAAGAAUUUGACCAAAUAGACUUUUUAAGAGAUAGACAUGUACGAUUCUUCCAGAGGACACUUCAGGUGUUACCUGAGAGAUAUGCCUCGCUGGAAACAACCAGGUUAACUAUCAUAUUUUUUGCCCUGUCUGGUCUUGAUGUGCUGGACGCUCUGGAUGUGAUUGAUAGGAACACCAUGAUUGAGUGGAUCUAUUCCCUACAGGUUCUACCCACAGAGGACCAAGUUAACCUUAGUCGUUGUGGGUUUCGAGGAUCGUCACAUAUUGGAAUUCCUUACAGCACUAAGGGGCCAGGUGUGCUCCAUCCAUAUGACAGUGGCCAUGUAGCCAUGACCUACACUGGGCUGUGCUCGCUGCUAAUACUGGGAGAUGACCUGAGCCGGGUUAACAAACAGGCCUGUCUGGCUGGUCUCAGAGCACUGCAGCUGGAGGACGGCAGUUUCUACGCAGUGCCAGAAGGAAGUGAAAAUGAUAUACGGUUUAUCUACUGUGCCGCUAGUAUCUGUUACAUGCUGGAUGACUGGUCAGGCAUGGACAUCCAAAAGGCCAUUGAGUACAUAAGGGGAAGUUUGUCAUACGACAAUGGGUUUGGCCAGGGAGCUGGGCGAGAGUCACAUGGUGGCUGGACGUACUGCGCCAUAGCGUCUCUGUGUCUGAUGGGUCGGCUGGAGGAGGCGCUGAGUCAGCGGGAGCUGGACAGAAUCCGGCGCUGGUGUAUCAUGAGACAGCAGAGCGGCUUCCAAGGGCGCCCCAACAAACCUGUAGACACAUGCUACUCCUUUUGGGUGGGAGCUACGCUCGAGCUGUUAGAUGUGUUCCAGUAUACGAACUUUGACAAGAACAGGAGCUUCAUCCUGUCCACGCAGGAUCGGUUGGUAGGGGGAUUCGCCAAGUGGCCGGACAGCCAUCCAGACCCUCUCCAUGCCUACUUAGGGCUGUGUGGUUUGUCUCUGAUCGGAGAGCCCAGUUUGAGGAAGGUCCACCCAGCUCUUAACAUCACCCAGAGAGCCUUUCAGCACGUCCAGCAGCUGCAGCAGACGUGGAGGAGCAGCACUGGCAGCUGUAGCAGACAGCAUUGAAAGCAGGGUGUUCCACAGCUCUGUCUCUGAACAGGUUCAGUAAUCAGGAACAUCUAACCGUAGUCAGUCAAAGGUGACUGCGUCUUGAAGAUGUUUGGCCACUCAUGUGAGAGGCCUCCUCAUUUCAGAAAUCAGGAAGGUAUUUAAGAGCCCAGUUACACGGUAGUAACUUUGGGGAGCUUAUUUUAAGUCCAUCAAGAGUGACUUUUCUGUUAAGCAAAAUACGCCACACUUUUUUUUUUUUUUUGCUGCCUUUUGAUUAUUAGACCGUUGUAAAUAACAAUGUGCAUUGUAGUUUGUGGGGAUAAAGUGAUGUGCCAGAAAGUCAAAUUUGAGUCACUAGCGACUCGAAGAAAUUCCAGAUGCCUCAAUUUUGCUAACUUUUUCAUGAUGCAGUUUUGGAAGCUUCUUGCUCCUCAUCAUAGUCAACAACACAAUCUACUGUAAGCCUUCCUAGCCAAGGAUGAACUGACUCACUUUACAUGAACAUAAGAAACAUCCUCAAACUAAAUUGUAUUCACUGAGACCCUGUCGAGGGCUUGGGGAAAAUCUAACUUGUGUCUUUAAAUGGUUAUGGAGUAACGGGUGGCUUCAGUAGCUGAAAGUUUUUAGUGGGCUGAAUAAUGUCCUGGUAUAUUACGACAAUAUAGCAAAUAAGUUCGUUAUUUAUGUUCACAAACCAGUAUAACAACCAGUGGUAAUCUUAGGGGUGAAAUAUGAAGACUGUUAAGACAAAAUUGGAUGUUUCAUUUAGACAGUAUUUUUUUGCCCCUCUAACAUCUCCAUCCUCAUGUUGCUCAUCAACGCCUCGAGCGCUCCAGUCCCAAAGGUGAUACCAGCCUUGCAAGUAAACUCCCCCAUGUUUCUCACUUCAGCUCCCUGCAGGUUCAAUGUACAGGCUUUUUUCAGUGUUCAAGAGAGAUUUUAAUGAUAAUAGAACUGCUCGGGUGAAAUUUAUGGAAAAGGCUGCAUAGAGCCAGCAAUCACCCCAAGGAACAAAUCUAUGACUGGAGAAAAAAAAAUCUAAAACAAAAAAAAUAAUAGUUUUGCUACAGGCCUUAUCAUUUCAGAUCACAGAAAACAUAAUUUAUUGUUCACAUCUUUCCUGAGGCUAACAGAAAAAACAGAUUGGGCCUCUUAAGGGAAUUUGCUUAAAAAAGACAAGGUAAAAAAACCAACAAGGUAGUAGCUGUCAGUUUCAGCCGCAGAUCCCAUCCCGACAUCCCCUGACUUCUAACCUCGAACUGAUCCGAGCUACCAUACUCCCUGCAAGGCACUCGCCAGGCUGAAAUCAAUAGGAGAAAGAUGAGACCGCGGCAUCAAACUUGGGGAAAUGCAUUUGCUUUUGAACAGCACUGGGAAUUGACAUGUUAUUUUCAGAACAGAACAGGACGCAGGGCAAAAACAAAUAACGAUGCCCAGAGAGUCAGGUUGCAGAAGUAACAUCCAACACAUCACAUCUCUUUGAGCUACUUGCAGCUCACACGAGCGACCUUCCAGCCUUCACGCUCCUGAGCUGAGAUACAAAUUAGGCAAUGAAAUUCAGAAUUGUGCCCAACCUGUUCCUUUUGCCUUCUCAUCACACCUAUGAACUUGAUUCCCAGCGAGUGACAUUUCUUUUUUAACUAUUUUUUUUUUUGGGGGGGGCUUUUCUGCCUUUAAUGUUUGACAGGACAGCUAGGUGAGAUAGGGGGGAGAGAGAGAGAGGGGGAAGACUUGCAGGAAAUUUAGUGACAUUUCUGGCUUCACAGGUUCCUCCAGCCCCGUGCUGAAGCCACACCCUUUCAUUAGAGGACCGCUGUUACAGCACAUGCCUGCUCCCUGAGAGUAGGCGAGUGUGGACGAGAGAAUAUCGCAGUAGGUCAGAAUUACAGUGGCCGGUCUGCAACAUGUUUUGCAGGAGGCUACUGUGCGUAGCACCAUUUCUGACUGGAUAUGAAAAUAUAAUAUCACCUUUUGUGGUUUACUUUCCACCAUCACAAAUGAAGCUGUAAUUGGCCUCGUCUCCGUUCCCGCCAAGUUGCCCUCUUUUUCAGACUUAGAAACGGAGCAGGCAGACAGAGGAGAGGUGAAUAAAUAAAUAAUUUGACCCAUCUAUUAUUAAAAGGGAACUGUCAGAGGCUGGAAUCACCUCUCUGAACCCUGACUGAACCCCCAGUGUUAUAUAUCCUUAUUUUGGUGCAAAAUCAAUUUCUUUUUUGCUUUAGGUUUUGUUACUGUUUUGCCUAAGACAAUAGGCUUUGCUAUGGUUGCUCUUGGCAACUUAUGUCCUGUCACAAACACUUUGUUAGUUACCAUAAAAUAUUUGCUAAAGCUAUGACUUUCAUUGCUACUGCUGAAUUGCGCCUCAGACGCGCACAUAAUGUUAUAAUGCAGGCUCAAUAAAAUUAGCUUUUAAAUUUUUCACUAUGUAAUAUUCUGGUAUCAAUCUUUUUUGUAACUUCGUUAGUCCUGAAUCAAAACUGCACUGAAAGAGAACGAUCAUGUCUACCAUGCAUCUUCUCAAGUGACUUUUACUACUUUACCCUUCUUAGGCUGGGUUCUGUCCUUAGUGUACAUAGGCCAAGUCACAUGGCAAAACCACGCUCUCAAACUCUGAAAUGUGCCUCACGUAGCAUUGUUCUGGGUCACUGCUCUCUGAAUGCUCUCUUUUUCCUUUUUCUGACUUUGCUACAUGUACAGCGUGCUUAAAUUGGGCUUAGCUUGGCUGUUAUUAUCAAGAAUGGUACUGACUAUACUAGUGUUCUCUGGAGGGGGUGCAGGGAAGGUGUAUCCUAAAUCCUACUCAACAUUCAGGAAUUGGAACACCUAAUCUGUAAAAAAAAAUGUUCCUCCUCCCAUCUUUGUUGAGUUCAUUUAUCCAAUCAGACAUUAGCUGACUGGUAGAGGUCACUUUACGAGAAUCUGACUUUGUCCCUUCAUGUCUGAUCGAUAAUGUAUUUCUAGAAGGAGGGGAGAAUUCAUUGAGACAGAACCCAUAAAUGCUAACUCGACUUUUAAAAAGGAUGAAAGAUUGGACGGAUGGAUUUGCCACUCAGUGCAUCUCAGCAGUUGUUAUAUUGUGUCUCAGUUUUGCUACAUCAUGCUGCAGUCGAUGCUCUCAGUCCCACAGCAUGUAAAGAGGGGGCCGAGGCUUUGCGCUUUUAAGAUGGCUGCAGCGUUUGGAUCAUCCUGAGAUGUGAAAGGAUUGUGAAAGUCUUUUGAGAUGCAGCCAAAAUGCCACACAUGGUCUACCAUGAACCCUUGCUUUAUCAUCAACUAAUAUACAUAAUGUAAUAAUAAAUAACAAUAAAUGUAAUGGAAUUUAUUUUUUCUAUGCUUUGUAGACAUAUUGAGUGUAGAUAAAUCUGUAAAUGUCUUAAAAUAUGUGACUUCUAUUGUGCAGUUGUUCAAGAUGAAAAACAAUGUUUACAGCUACAUCAGUGAGACAGAGGAAUUGGAUAUGCAAAUGUUGAUAAUAUGUGAUGUAUCAGUACUUCAUCUUUGAAUUUGAAGACCGUAAUGUUGAUUCUGGCUUGGCGGUGCAUACUGUAUUUAUGUUGAAUAAAAACACAUACUAACUUUUA